UGGACGGGAGGGCUGGACAACACCGUCCGCUGCUGGGACCUUCGAGAGGGACGGCAGCUCCAGCAACACGACUUCACCUCGCAGAUCUUCUCUCUGGGCUACUGUCCGACAGGCGAGUGGCUGGCUGUGGGAAUGGAGAGCAGUAACGUGGAAGUCCUGCAUGUCUCCAAACCUGACAAGUACCAGCUGCACCUCCAUGAGAGCUGCGUUCUCUCCCUUAAGUUCGCCUACUGCGGCAAGUGGUUUGUGAGCACAGGAAAAGACAAUCUGUUGAAUGCAUGGAGGACACCAUAUGGAGCGAGUAUUUUCCAGUCCAAGGAGUCCUCGUCUGUGCUGAGCUGUGACGUCUCUCCGGACGACAAGUACAUAGUGACGGGCUCCGGGGACAAGAAGGCCACGGUGUACGAGGUGGUGUACUGAGGGCCGGGACAAGAUGGAAAGAGACAGGACGGAGAUUUUGGGGGUGGGGGGGGCAACCAGUUGCCACGCCAACCGCUCCUGAUCUUCAUAACAUCCGCAACAGCAGCACCUCCGUCUCAGUCCUCUGAGUCCUCCUGACCCUCACCCCUAAUACAUCACCCCCUCUCCCCCUUUUUCUUGUGAUAUAAGCUAUUGUGGGAGCUCCCAAAUGCCUCCUCCUUCCUCCUCCCUUCCACUUUUAGCCCAAGGAUGAGGCAUGAUAGCAGAGAGAGAGAGGCAGAAAGGGAAGCAGCAAGAUAAGAAGGACAAAGGAAAAGGGCGGUGGAGCAUAAAGAUAAAGUCGGGAGGGAAAGACGAGAAGGAGGAGAGAAAGCGAGAGUGCGGAAGGAAGAGAAAUGAAAGGGAGGAAGAGGAGGAGGAGGGAGGGAGGGUAAUUAGGGCUGUUUCCUGAUUAAAAGCUCAGUGGAAGGGAGGCCCCCAGAGGAGGUGCGGAGCAGCACUGUGGGAGCGCCAGCCAGGAGCACUGAUACCACACAAUUGAUUCAUUAGCCAGACAGUGGAAGCCUUAAUGGGGCUGACGCUGCAGCUCGCUCUCCCCAGCGAGAGGUGUCAGGAGCUGGGGAAAGAUGACGCUUCGAGAUGGAGGGGGUCGCUUCAGAUAUCCACAUACUCUGACAUGUAACAUACCCUGUUCACACACACAUACAGGCGCAUGUCAUCGAGCAAGAAUACACACACACUGAGAUACACCCCCUUGAUGUAAUCGUAGGAAGAGAGAAACACACGCAACAUACAGAGCACCCAAUUAAACAUUCAUCGCAGCGCUCCCCGUCUCACUGCUUAAUAUCUAUUUUAUUUUGGUCUGACAAAGGCAGCGUCUAAUGAGCAGCGGAGUCAAUGGGGAUCCUCCCAGGGCCCAGAGACACGAACACAGAACAUCAGCCGAGCUGUUCCCUCUAAUUCCUCUGGAUUGUUCUCCUGACACCGGGCGCUGCACUCACUCUCAUUAAAGGCACUGUCAGCUAGAUGAAGUAGCAGCACGCCAACUUCACUGUAAGGCAGACAAGGGGGCAAAUUAACACCACCGAUUACGCUAUCAUCAGCAGCCAACUGAGCAGCGACUAAUCCAAAUCUUUACCAAUUUUAUGCAACUAGUUGCUGUUUUCAUUUACAAACCAGAUGAGAAUUACAUGUUUAUCAACGUCAUUGUCUCCGCCUGCC